AAAAAACGGAAGUGCAUUAUGAGAAAGCCAACGAAUUACCUAUUUUGUGUGAGAACUUUCUCGGCUAAUGUUAACUUAGAAUACAUUUGAAGGGAAGGCCUUUAGUCGUCGAAGUAAGAGUUUUCCUUCUUGUCUUUAUCCCCUGAUAUUAAAUUUUCCUCUUGGACCAAUCCGUCACUUUCUCAGAGAAAAACAACUGUCAGGAUGGAUCCAGCUCUACUGAGAGAGCGGGAGCUGUUCAAAAAGAGAGCGCUCUCCACUCCAGCUGUAGAGAAAAGACCAGCUUCAUCAGAAUCAAGCUCACAUAAGAAGAAAAAAACAAAAGUCGACAAGGAGAGCUCAUCAAGUUCCAAACAUGGUGCUGAGUCCAGUAACGGGAAUAUUAACAUCAAGACGAGCUCCGGGUACAAGUUUGGCUGCCUCGCCAAAAUAGUGAAUUAUAUGAAGACGAGGCAUCAAAACGGUGACACACACUUCCUUACCUUAGAAGAAAUUUUGGACGAGACCAAACUUCUUGACAUCAGCAUGAAACAGAAACAGUGGCUCAUGACCGAGGCCCUGGUCAACAACCCAAAAAUUGAUGUUCGGGAUGGGACGUAUGGCUUUAAGCCCAAGUACAAUCUGAAAGACAAAAAAGCCUUACUGAGGCUUCUGGACAAACACGACCAGCUGGGCCUCGGAGGAGUGCUGCUGGACGAUGUGGAGGAGGGGCUGCCCAACUCAGCCAAAGCCAUUAAGGCUUUGGGGGAUCAGAUCAUUUUUGUGACCAGGCCAGACAAGAAGAAGAUCCUCUUCUACAAUGACAAACACUGCCAGUUUGCAGUAGAUGAAGAAUUUCAGAAGCUCUGGAGGAGUGUUCCUGUGGAUUCCAUGGAUGAAGAAAAGAUUGAGGAGUAUCUAAAGAAACAAGGCAUCUCCUCGAUGCAAGAAACGGGACCAAAGAAAGUGUUACAAGUUCAAAAGAGGAAGAAGCAAGGUGGGCAGAGGAAGAGACACUUCAAGACUCACAAUAACCAUUUGGCAGGAGUACUGGAGGACUAUUCAGAUGGUGUUCCUGCAAAGAAGUGAAACGCAUUCCCUCACUUCAUACCCACAGAGAAUUGAUGUGAAAGCUGUAGUUCAGAAGUGGCUGGAGGAGGCCACACAACAAUACAAAGACUUCUCCUUUCCUCACACUUCUCUCUGAUCAGUGAUUUUGUAUUACAUGAAGUGAAGAGCAACUGUUAACGUCAAAACCGUUUUGUUUACUGGUCAGCGAGACACUAGAGGAAAGAAUAUUGAGACCUUUUGAAGACCUUUCAAAAAUGACCAUCUUUAAAGGAGAUGGCUGCUAUCUACUGUGUAAUGGAGAUGAGGCUGAGGUGUGUAAAUACUGGUUUUGUUUUAUUUCUAUAUUGCAAAGAGGUGUGUGACAGGUUUUAUUUUGCAGGCAGCAUUUCAUCAGCUUUUCAGACAGGUUUGUGUUGUGCAGUGCAUCAAGGUGUCAUUCAGCAUGAAAACACAAUUCUGAGUAUAAAAUUUUACUUUUGAGCUUAGUAUUAUGGUUUAAAAUGCUAGAAAUUUGUGAAAUAACUUUAAUAAAUGACAUUGUCACGCUGUC